AUGGAAGAAGAGGAGCGAACACUGCUAUCUGCAUAUCUUACGCCUCAGGAAAUCCAGGCUGCGAAGGACGAGAGAACGCCGCAGGUCAUUUCUACGGAACCGAUCAGCGACUGCGAAGAGGAUGAAAUGUCUAUGACACAGCUUGAAGCGCGGUCGCAGCCCCAAGUUGCCUCGCAGGCUGUCCAGCGCCCGGCCAAAAAUGCACUCGGCAAAAGACGCCGAAGCCCUCCAGCUGACCAUAUGGGAGAUGAUGAGGAGAUACAGCCCCGGGCUGCCUCGCGGGCUGCCCAGCGCCCGUCCAAUGAAGCACCCAGCAAAAGACCCGUAACCACUAUAGCUGACUGUCUGGAAGAUGAUGAGGAGGAACAUUAUGGAGAUGACGAGGAGAAUGACUAUGGUCAAGAGUCAGAGCGAAUGGAUCUGCCAGAGAUGCAGCAACGAGUCAUCUCCCAUAUGGUCAGCUGGAGGGCUUCGGCGUCUUUUGCCGAGUGCAUUUUUGGACGGGCGCUGGACAGCCUGCGAGGCAACUCGGGGCUGCGACCGCGCUUCAAGCUGUGUCAUAGACAUUUCAUCCUCUUCGCAGUCGCUGAUCGGUUCCGUAGAAAUGACCUGCGGCGUUCUCUCUUCCUUCGCAGCCUGGAUUUCCUGAGGCGUAAGAUAUGCAGAUAG